CGUCAAGCCACCAUGAAGGACACAGACGGAUACAGUCUCGGGAAAUACUCCGCUAAGAAGGGGCAUUGGACUUCAUGAAGGGGAAACAGGAUUUCUGAUCUAAAGGAAAAAGACAUCUGUUUGUGGAAUUUGCUGAAAGUGUUUGUUUGUGGAUGAUAUCUGUUGGACAGUGAAAACUAUCUUCAUGUUGUUCAGCUGGACUGGGAAGGAUAUCUAUACUAUGUAGUGCCUCCCUUAACUAUGGACCUCCUUCCGUUCACAGUUCAGUGAUGUUAGCUUUGAGCCAUUACAACUCCUCAUCCUCCCCGCUCCUCCCUCGGUCCUCUAAUGACAGCGGGGGGAAAGUGGAGGCCAGGGUGGCAGUUGAAGGGCUGUCUCAGCAGGGAAACCUCACCCUGCUGCAGCCCACCACCAGUGGAGUUAUUGUGGUCAUACUGUCCAUGACACUGGGCAUCAUCUCCAACAUCGUGGCCCUCUUCAUCCUGGCCAAUGCCUACUCCCAGCAGCGCCGGCGCAACAAAGCCACAUUCCUUCUGUUUGCCUCUUCUCUGGUGUUUACAGAUUUCAUUGGGCACGUGAUCCCUGGUGCCCUGGUGCUCAGACUCUACCUCUCUGGAGGCGUUCACCCUGAUGACUUCAACUCCUCCGAUGGGAUGUGUCAGUUCCUGGGUGGCAGCAUGGUGUUUUUCGGCCUGUGCCCACUCUUCAUGGGCUGUGCCAUGGCUGCUGAGCGCUGCCUGGGUGUCACAAAGCCUCUACUGCACUCCUCUCUAGUCACCAAAACACGUACAAAGAUCUGCCUGUCUGCCAUCUGGCUGGCGGCUCUGUGUGUGGCCCUGCUGCCUUGCUUUCAGCUGGGCUCCUACGCCUACCAGGACCCAGGGACCUGGUGUUUCAUCAAAGUGCUCAGUGACACUCAGGAGGUGGACGUGGCGUUCGUGGUGCUGUUCUCUGGGCUGGGGAUGGCCUCACUGGCUGUGGCGCUGGUGUGUAACACCAUCAGUGGACUGACCCUGGUGCUGGCGAGGCUCAGGAGGAAGCCCGGCUCGCGUCACUCAGCAAAGUCUCAUGAUAUAGAGAUGGUGGUGCAGCUGGUCGGCAUCAUGGUCACCUCCUGCAUUUGCUGGAGCCCUCUGCUGAUCUUUGGCCUGAUGUCGGCAAUCCACUCCUACACAGGAUCCAUAGCAGAGGACCUAUCCAGCUAUAAAACCCUGAUGGUGAUGGCCGUGAGGCUGGCCACAUGGAACCAGAUUCUGGACCCCUGGGUCUACAUCCUGCUGCGGCGCACCGUUCUCCGCAAAAUCUACCUCAUCGCUAAGUGCCAGGCAGGACUGAGGGGGAAUAUCAUCGGCCGCUGGGAGCCCACCUCUUUCCCCAGCUCAGAGAAGCAUCAAGUCAACCAAGUUUGAGCUGAGGGAAAAGACUGAUAAGUACUUUGUCCCCAGGUGAACAUUUACAGAACCCUGAGAAUAAAGAAGAGAGACCAACAUAGAAUAUCUUUUUGGCUAGAAAUGCUUAAUAUAAUCAAAAGUACCUCUCUCAAACUCCAUCAAAGUUUACCCUUGAGUUCAUUGUCUGACCCUAACAAAUGGAAGCUAGCUAAUGCUAUUGUUUUGCACAUAAACCUUUUAUAGUUUUCUUGUAAUAAGUGAACAUUCCUUAGUCAUUUUGUAUUCUCAUUUGGAAACAUGAAGGGCCACAGAAUAUGAACACAGAAGUGUGAUGCUGCGCCACUCAUAAAGGGAAUGAGUAAUGUUUUAUUUCAUAACUUCAUUUUAACCAUCAUUGGAAGUAAAAAAACAAAUUGCACGUGUCUUGCUCUUACAUUUAUGUGGAAGAAUUGAGCUGCACCAAUAUAACCACCAGGGUGAGCUCCAGAGUAAAGCAGAAGUACUUGGAUUGUGUUCAAUGUUAAUAUUCUGCUGAAUGUAUUUCAUGAAGGAAUGUUAAUAUUCAAGUAUUGUGGAGUGUAUGUAAGUUUACCUUUUAAUGCUUUCCAUUUUUUUAUACAGUGCUUUAUGUGAAGUAAUAUAUUUUUUUGUAAGUUAAAACUUGAAUUGUACCCUUGAUUUUACAGAAGAUAUGUAAAGACAUUAUAAUUGAAUGUAAAUAAAAGAAUGCAA